CUCACUUCCAAUCCCACCACUUCCAUGUCGUCCAGCCCAACCUAACACCAGAGGACGAAGCCCGACACUCUCUAAGCCUCAGUCGCUGCCUACUUAAAGCCUUGCGUCUCUUCACAGGCACAUUCUCAAAGACUUCAUCUCUUCAACCACACGUCCAACCUCAACUUAUCACUCCAACUAAACCUCACGAUGGCGAAUCCACUCACCCCGCAGUCCAUACUGCAGCUAAUGGCAGAUGCACUGCCGACGCACCCCAAAGGCGAUACCACCUCUGACAUCAGCAGUGGCUAUGAGCUGCCCGCCCUUCUCACUCAUGCGUGCAUGGCGUCUCUCAAGUUCCGCCUCAUCGGCUUCGACGAGGAGAAGAGAAUAGAGGAAGAGGUUCAGAGUCUCGCCCCGCGACUACCCGCCUCGUGGAACGCUGGCUACGGCUCCCUCCGUUUCGUAUACGCCCACAAGCAAUCCUCAAUGACCUCCAUCAUCCGCACCAGUAAAGUGGGCGGCAAAGUCGAGAUUAGCGGGCUCGCCGUUGGCCACGACGUCAUCCACAGAUUCGAGAUCACGACAAAGGACUUUGUCAAUAACUCCAAGCUGCCCCUGCGUAUCACACUUGCUGAAGACGGCACCGAGGACAGGAGUGACCUGGUCCAGAAGCUCAAGGAUGCAUUUGUAUCCGAGUCCGCACUUGAAAAGCUCAUCGACCAGUUUAAAACCAGCAUCGUCCAGAAGCUUAUCCCGAAGCUGCAAAUCGAAGGUUAUGAAGAGUCCCCCGACGACCGGGACGCCGCCGAGGGCGCACAACGUGAAGGACGCGCUCAAGCCGGUCGUCCCGGACGGCCGAUGCCUGGUGACCUCCCUGAUCCAGCCCGACCGUACCCUAUCAACGACCCUCUCGCCCAACCUCCAAGGCGACCCAUCCCCGCUGGGGACUUCCCUCCGCCCGAUUUCGAGGACGAGUACGAGAUCAACCGACCACCCAGACCCCUGGGCAUCCCCGGUCGAUCUCCCUACAACAUUGGCCACGAUGACCUGAACCCGCCCGGUCUGGGACCCCACGACCCCCUUCGACCUCACUUUAUCGGCGGCGGUGGCUUGCCUCGUCCUGGGGGCGGAGGUGGAAUGCAUCCAACAUUUGACGACCCCCUUUUCGGCGGCCAGGGCGGCCAGGGUGGUGAGCAUGAUCCGCAAGCACCCCCGGGAGCUCGGUGGGACCCUAUUGGCCCGGGAGGCCUGCCGCGGCACGGCGGCGGCGGACGAGGAAGAGGAAACCCGUUCGGAGGCCCGGGCGGCUUCGGCGGCGGUUUCGGUGGCGGUUUCGGCGGUGACAUUAUCUGAUCGUCGUGGUCUUGAUGGCCAUAGCCGCUCCUUCGCAGAAGACUGAAGAGGAAGGGAAAUUGUCUCCAUAGUUGUAAUCUCACGCCGUAAUGAAGAAUGAAACCCCAGUAUGAACCAAGAGUCGCAUUCCCAAAUCUUGUAUAAGUGACGAUCUACACCGCACACAGACGCAAGUAAACAAGCUCU